AUGCAUGAAACGACCCUUGAGAGUCAGGCAGAGGCUCGUUCUCUACGAGGGGGUCCGUUGCUUGGCCCUCAUUCUCAACCAUUCUCAAUUUUCACCUCCACAAUGCCCACUGGAGAGCCCGAGCCGCCUGAUGGCGCUAGAAACGGCCUCUCUGUGCUGGGCGUUUUACCACGCCUUAGCGAGAACUACGCCGUGCCCAUCGCUCAGCCGCCGCCUCGUGAGCCGUCACCAGAAUGUGUGGUAGGGACUGUUUAUCCGUUCGAGCCGCCAGACUCACCCACGGCGUGGGAGCCACAUCCUGAGAUAGAAUUAGUUCCCGGAGGUGGCGAGGGCUCGUCAAAGCCGCCUACCGCUUCGCCAUCGACGAUCAGCACCGCGCCCGUGAAGCGACCGCGCGUGGGAGCUACGUACAACCAGCAGACGCUCUGGGGCGCCCCGCCUCCCCGAAACGCAACUUCCCACAAGCGCCCUGCUCCUUCGGCCGAUCCGAAGCCACCCACCGAUCUGGCAGAUGCUGAGUAUGAAUCGGUUAAAAAGACAUUUGAGGGUCAGUGGGCAGGGAGCUUUAACUGGCUACGUUUGCUCCGCAUGUCUAACGGUCGUCCUUCUCUGAAGUGUGCGAUUUGUGUGAAGCAUGGAGAUCCACUUGCGCACACCGCGUACGGUGCGAAGGGUGAGGGUGCUCGGGACCUCCAGAUCGGCAGCAUCCGCACUCACACCUCCUCCCGUGCACACAGGCAGGCGUUGGAGAAUGAAGAGAAGGCGGAGGCGGAGAAGGCGAAGCAGGUCACUAUCACACGAUGGCAGGGCACGGACGCUUCCACUCGUCACAUCAUUCGGCUCCUCCACAUCGCGCACUUUGUCUGUAAGGCCGACGCACCCAUAGCGAUGUUCGUCCCGCUGUGUUGGUUUCUCGCGAAAGAGGGGUUACCAGACCUGCCGCCAGGUGGCGGCUACGGCGCGUACUAUACAGAGGAGGCACUCGCAGCCAGUGAUGCUGCUGAAGAGGUACCUGAGCUGUUGAUGAUCGACGAUGUCGUGCGCGCCUUCGCUGACCACAUCGGCCGCAGCAGCGUGGACUACGCGAAGUUUCAGGAGUUGCAGCGGAUCUUCUGCCAGACGAAUCUCGAGGCGCAGGGGAUUAUCGACACACGAUGGCUCGCCCGUGGUGAAGCGAUACAGCGCCUGCUCGACGUACUCCCUGCGGCCAUCGUGGUGAUGAAGGAUUACAAGGCGGCUUUGUACGAGGUGGUUACCUCGUUCAAGUUCAACUGGCUCAUCCGCUUUCUAGCGGAUGUGCUUUGGGAACUGAACUGCCUUAACCAGCGCUUCCUGCAGCGCCAGGUGGACAUUACCCUUGUUGCGCACAUCGUGCAGCAGACAAGGAUGCGUUUGAAGACGCGGUAUUCCCUUCGCGACCCUGCACACCAUUUCGGCAGCGGCGAGAAAAUGCAGCUUCCCGAGUUCAUUAAGAAGCACGGGGCAAAUGAUAAGCGCGAGAUGAAGGCGGAGGGCGUAGACGGGGACGGGAAUCCCGUCACGUUUGAGUUCACACUGCACGAGCGUCCGCUGCCUGGACAUGAAACGGAUGGCGAUGUCACGGCGUGCGUCGAGCUGUCGAUUAAGUAUGUGCGCGCCAUCGACAAAGAGCUGGAGUGGCGGAUGCGCGACCUGGAGCUGCUGGAAGGUUCGAAGCUGUUUCGUACAGCUUCGUACGUGACCGACGACACGAAGCGAGUGGAAACCUUCAAGAAAUGGCUCGGCCAGCUGCACAAGGAGUUCGACCCCACCAGAGCUUCUCAGACUCAGUUUGUUGAGAAUGUUGGCAGUGGGGGUGGCACUGAAUAG